CUGGGUGUCGAAAAUCCCCCUUCUUUCCCCUCUAUUUUCUUGCCCUAGCCCUCUCUCUCUCUCUCUCUAUCUCUCCCGUACCAGGCGACAGAAGAAGGAAGAGGAGGAAGCCGAAGAGGGAAGGAACAACAGGGAGCGGCUAGAAAAAAUAUUUGUUGUCUCUUACAUGCUGAUAUGGAGCACUCAAGGAGCUUUAUAUACCCCUUCCUGAACUGCAAAGUGAUCAACAACCAGCCCCAAGUGGCAAUCGAUGUACCAUAUGCAACUGGCUAAAGAUAACAAGCACAUGCAAAUCUGAUUGUCAUUCUAGAGUUGUGAUGUGAAAUUCCUAAUCCACCACCAACAAUGUCAGAACAUCUGGAUCCAAUAUUUAUUUGGCUCCUAGGCUUCAAGCAGAAGAGUUCACUCUUUGCAGAAUUCUCACUUGCUUAUUCUUCCAUAGUGGAUGGGAGCUAGAGGAUGUCUUGUGGAUACUGGUAUGGUUUGAGCAGGUCAAACUUCAAGGUAGCCUAAAAAAUUGGAUCAGGCGGAUGAUUGUUUUCUUCUUGGGGAGUUGUGGGCUUGGCUUAGUAGUGGUAGGAUGCCCACCAAGUGCAUUCUUCCAGUACUAUGAUAGAGGGAGGUUUCUUUCUUAGUCAUCAUCACAAGGAUUCUGUCACAGACUCACAUGAGCUUUUAGGACUUGGGGCUUUGUAUCGUUGUGGAAGUGAAGUCAUUUUUAUUCUACUGUCUUCAUGGAAGUUGUAUCCAACAAGCAAUCGUUUGCUGAUGAGGAAUCCUUGAUUGACAUAUCCAAUGGGCAACUUGAAGAUCCGUCCAUGAUAGAUCAUCCCACUGGAGUUGAUCAUGCUGCUCUUUCCCAAGCUCUUUUGGUAGGACAAGAAUUUGCAGAUGUUGAUUCUUGUAGGAGGACACUGAAAGAGACUGCAAUUGCUUUUCAUUUUGAUCUUCGUAUGGUUAAAUCAGAUAGAUGUCGUGUGAUAGCCAAGUGUGCUAAGGAGGGAUGUCCUUGGCGUGUACAUGCAGCCAAGUGUCCGGGUGGUCCAACCUUUACAAUAAGGACACUUCGUGGAGUGCAUACCUGUGAAGGGGUACGUAAUUCACGGCACCAACAGGCAUCCGUAGGUUGGGUUGCAAAAUCCGUCGAAGCACGUCUACGGGAUAAUCCACGCUACAAGCCGAAAGACAUUCUAAGAGACAUCCGCCAACAGCAUGGUGUUGCUGUGUCAUAUAUGCAAGCAUGGCGCGGCAAGGAGCGUAGCAUGGCUGCAGUUCAUGGAUCUUAUGAGGAAGGGUUUCGCCUUCUUCCUGCAUACUGUGAGCAGAUUAGGAAAACAAACCCUGGAAGUAUAGCUUUGGUUGUUGCCACUGGGUCAGAUAAUCACUUCCAUCGUCUUUUUAUAUCUUUCCGAGCAUCAAUAUAUGGAUUUAUAAAUGGUUGUCGGCCACUCUUGGAACUGGAUAGGGCAUAUAUCAAAAGCAAGUACUUGGGAACUCUGCUUUGUGCUGCUGCCGUUGAUGGUGAUGGCUCAGUCUUCCCUCUGGCAUUUGGCAUAGUGGAUGUUGAAUCAGACGAGAAUUGGAUGUGGUUCCUAUCAGAGUUGCGGAAACUUCUUGGUGUCAACACUGAGAACAUGCCCAGAUUGACGGUGUUGUCUGACAGACAACAGGGAAUUGUAGAUGGAGUUGAGACACACUUCCCAACUGCAUAUCAUGGGUUUUGUUUGCGUUAUCUUAGUGAGAAUUUCCGCGAUGAAUUUAAGAACACCAAGCUGCUCAACCUAUUCUGGAAUGCUGCCUAUUCAAUCACACCAGUGGAAUUUGAAGCAAGACUUGUGGAGAUGGAAGAGAUAUCAAGAGACUCUGUUCAAUGGAUUAAUCGGUAUCCCCCUAGACUAUGGGCUGUGGCAUAUUUUGAAGGAGUGCGGUACGGACAUCUUACUUUAGGUAUAACUCAGUUGUUGAGUUCAUGGGUUAGUGAAGCUCAGUACCUUCCAAUAAUUCAGAUAAUGGAAUAUUUCCGAACUCAACUAACUGACUGCUUUAAUGAACGGAGAAAUAGAGGCAUGGCCUGGUCAACAAUUCUUGUACCAUCUGCAGAGAAGCAUAUGUCAGAAGCCAUUGCUGAUUCCCGUUGUUACCAAGUCCUUCGUGCAAAUGAGGUGGAAUUCGAAAUUGUAUCCACAGAGAGAACGAAUAUUGUUGACAUAAGGAGCCGUUGUUGCUCCUGCCGCCGCUGGCAGCUCUUUGGUCUUCCGUGUGCACAUGCUACUGCUGCUCUUCUGUCUUGUGGUCAAAAUGCUCACUUGUUUGCAGAAUCUUGCUUCACAGUUGCCAAUUAUCGGGAGACGUAUUCACAAAUCAUACAGCCAAUACCUGAGAGAAGCCUGUGGCAGGAAAGAGCAGAAGGGAGCAAAGAUGGGGGAGCCAGUGCUGAUAUUGUCAUACGGCCACCAAAGACCCGGCGUCCACCAGGCCGCCCAAAAAAGAAGCUUGUGCGGGCAGAGAGCAUUAACCGAGUAAAGAGGAUUGUAAAUUGCGGGAGAUGCAAUCAGUCAGGGCAUUCCCGCAAAAAAUGCCAAGCACAAAUUCUGGAGCAGAUUGCUCUGCGCUGAGUUGUACUGUAAUUGUAUUGUCCUCUUCUCAUAAUGAACCCGUUUCCCAAUUAAAAUCAUAUCAUUAGUAAAGAUACA